AUGAAGGAUCCGGGGAACUUCAACAUCUCUUGUGUGAUAGAGAAUGAUAGGAAAACUAAAGCCUUGUGUGAUUUGGGGGCAAGCAUAACUCGCAUGCCCCUAAGCUUCUUCCGGAAGUUGAAGUUUGGUGUUUUGAAGCCAACCACCAUCACCAUUCAAAUGGCGGAUAGAUCAGUCAAGUUCCCCAAUGGAGUCCUCGAGAAUGUCUUAGUGAGGGUGAAUGAUUUUAUUUUCCCUAUGGACUUUGUUGUUUUGGACAUGAAGGAGGAUUCAAAUGUCCCUCUCAUCCUUGGAAGGCCAUUCCUUGCAACCGGGAAGGCUUUAAUUGAUGUCACAAAGGGAGAGCUUACCCUUAGGCAUGGAAACAAGACAACCAUCCUCUCCAUGUUGGACAAGAUGAAAUGCCACGAAAUGGAAGAAUCUAAGAGAGUGGAAGAGGUGUCUUUGAAAGUUGAAGAUUGCAAGGUGAUACAGUGGCACAUGUGA